AUGGCGCAUGGCGGGAGCCCCGAUGAGAAGCGCAGCGCGAGCUUAGAAGCGCUGAAUGCGAAGGCAAAAGUCCUCGCAACGCGGCACGAUGUCCACGUCGCCAUGGUCUACCCGGGCGACAAUGGCGAGCAGCAGUACUGGCCGUCGCGGGAGUUGGUGCAGAAGAUCUACUUUCGGUACCGCAAGCUGCCGGAGAAGGAUCGGAAGGAGUACCCCAGGUCCGUGACCCAGAACCAAGCCGACUUGGCCAGGGAGCUUCUCCGAUCCAUCGACGACUCCCUGGCGGCCGUGAGCGACAGGAUACGGGAGCUGCAGCCGCCUCAGGACGUCGACGAGGUCGAACAACAACUGAUCCUGCUCGAGCAACCGGACAGCUUCAUGGUGGAAUCUCAGGACCACGGCAGCGGCGGCUCGGACGCUCAGGAUAUGGACCGCGAAAACGCCAUGCCCGUGGAGGAGGAGAGCGCCGUGCCGGGCGAGGACGUCGUCAUGAGAGACCAGGUGGAGCAGACGCAGCCGCCGCUGCACGACGCCGCGGCCCCGCCGCCGGUGAGCGCGGACGGCGUCGUCCCGCACGACGGCGACGACGGGAUCGAGUACGUCAACCUGGGCGCGUUCACGGUCACGCGCGACGCCUUCGAGGCCGUCUGGCGCGAAGAAGGGAGGCCUGUUCCUCCCAGCAACCCCGAGUCGAUGAACCGGUGGGCGUUCUUCGAUGAUGAGCGUCCGGUCGUGUACCUGUCCAAGUGGUGAGUCGCCGGCGGCCCCUGCGCCGUGAGAUGGCUCGGUAGUUUCCGGCGGCAGCUAGCUUCGCCGUGUAGUACUCCGGCCACCGCCGCGCCACCACCAUUGCGUUUCACGCAUUGCAAACGUAGCAUCCAGGGAAUCUAUUGAUGAUGACUGUUGUUACUAAAGUGUAAAUGAUUG